CUCUUCCCCCCAUCAUCAUUAGCAAAUAUUACCCUAAACACUUGCUCCUAUUCUCCCUUCUCCCUCCAGGCAUUGGAGCGGCUGGCUGUCAAUCACACGCCGGCCCCCCUGCACGGCUCAGCAGCAGCAGCAGCAGCGCCACAGCAGCCGCGACAAGGAGACGACUAGCCGAGGAGGGAAGGGGAGCCAGGGCGAGAUGGAGGAGGAGAUGCAGCCAGCAGAGGAGGGGCCCUGCAUCCCUAAAAUCUACAAGCAGAGGAGCCCCUAUAGCGUCCUAAAGACCUUCCCCAGCAAGAGGUCCCUGGGCAGGAGGUACGAGAGACCCACCAUGGUGGAGAUGCCCCAUCUCGGGGCACCUGGCGGGCAGCAGCAGCAGCAUGCAGCCUCCAUCAGCAGCAGUGAGCAGCACCAUCAUUAUCAGCAGGCGCACAGCUCCUAUCAGAACGGGCCCAUCAGGGCAGCCACAUCCACCUCCUCCCAGUGCCAGCAGAGGGGAGGUGCCCCAGCUGGGCAUCUGGGCUUCUCCAACAGGUCCUGUCACCAGUCCGCCGGCGAGGGCACCAUUGAUCUCAGUACAGAAAGCCGAAUGAUUCUCGAUGCUUUUGCCCAGCAGUGUAGCAGAGUACUCGGCCUAUUGAACUGUGGGGGGAAGCUUUUGGACUCCAAGCAUUCCCAGUCUCUGGUGUCUUGUGUGAAACAGGAAAAUAACGGUUACAGUGAGAGGUCAGAGCAAUGCCAGCUUAGUAAAACCUUUCACAACCAACCGUCGGACAAGUCAGAGGUAGAAAUGCAGUACCUGCAAAAAAAGCAACAGACCUCAGCUUUCUUAAGGGUCUUCACAGACUCACUUCAAAACUACCUUUUGGCCGGAAGCUUUCCUGCUCGGAAUACCUCAUCCUCGAGUGACUAUGGUCACUUGACAGACAUGGAUGCUCUUUCGUCUUCUCCAGUGCACACGAUGGGUGGGUGGGCGUCCCCAGCAACCUCUGAAUCACACGGACACCCGUCUUCCUCCACCCUUCCAGAGGAGGAAGAUGACGAUGAAGAGGGUUACUGUCCCAGGUGUCAGGAACUGGAACAGGAGGUCAUCUGCCUACAACAGGAGAAUGAGGAGCUCAGGAGGAAGUUAGAAAGUAUACCAGUGCCCUGCCAGACAGUGUUAGACUACUUGAAGACCGUACUUCACCAUCACAAUCAACUGGUUAUUCCACAAUUAAUAGAACAACCCACGGAGGGCAGCAAACAGCUGUUGAACAACUACCCCGUGUUCAUCACUAGUAAACAAUGGGAUGAGGCAGUGAACUCCUCCAAGAAAGAUGGAAGGCGGCUUCUCAGAUAUCUCAUAAGAUUUGUUUUUACAACAGAUGAGCUUAAAUAUUCAUGUGGCCUUGGGAAAAGGAAAAGGUCAGUGCAGUCAGGAGACUCGGGUCCUGAAAGACGCCCUCUGGAUCCUGUUAAAGUUACAUGUCUCAGAGAGUUUAUUAGGAUGCACUGCACGUCAAACCCUGAUUGGUGGAUGCCAUCCGAAGAGCAGAUCAACAAGGUGUUCAGCGAUGCUGUAGGACAUGCACGUCAAGGGCGCGCGGUGGGAACGUUCUUCCAUAACGGACACUCCUAUUAUGACGUCAUCGACCACCAAGUAUGUCAAGAGGAGAUUUUUAACAGAGGCUCCCAUGAUGGGUCUGGAGAUUGAUGAAAAAUGAAGACUAAGAUAGAAAAAUGCGAGGAGCAAUUGAAAAGUUGCGAAAGAAAAAAGAAGUUAGCCACAAAACGAAACCUUAGUGUUAUAGUUCAGUUAUUGUGUCUUCAAUGUUUUGUUGCUGUGCCAAGGGCUUGGGACACUUAAGGGCCCUACCAGCAGUAAGAGUCUGCCACUAAACCAGUCCAAAGUAUACUACAAGUCUGUGAAGUGUGUGUGUAAGAAUUCUGUCAUCUUGGUAACGCUUCAGGGACUUCCUGUGGACUGCAUUACGUGACUGUUAAUCACUGUCUCCAAAUAGAACACAACACGGCUUAAAGAAAGCAUUCAGGACCUGAAUCUCACUGGACAAGACUGUGUUGGUGUGUUCUGUAGAAUUAGCUUUAAUAGAAUUUGCAUUUUCACGUUUGAGUUAAAUUAUGCAAAACUUCCACUUGUUAUAUCCUGUGUUCAUAAAAUGUUGUCACCACUACCCUGACACUGAA